GGUGACGUCAGCAGCGGCGGCCAUUACACGGUGCGGAGCGAGGAGCGGCAGCGCUGCCGCAGCCGGAGAGCCCCGGGCCGCCCUCUCCCCGCGCCCGCCCGCCUGCCCUGACGCGUCGCGGCCGCCGCCGCUGUGGGGAGCGCGGAUUGCAGGGGCCCGCGGGGCGGUGCGGCAGCAGCAGCCGGUGAAGAGGAGGAGGGGGAGGGGGAGAGGGAGAGGGAGAGCGGGAUGGAGGAGAAGGUCUUCACCAAGGAGCUCGAUCAGUGGGUGGAGCAGCUCAACGAGUGCAAGCAGCUGUCCGAGGGGCAGGUGAAGAGCCUUUGCGAGAAGGCUAAAGAAAUUUUGACAAAAGAAUCCAACGUACAAGAAGUGCGAUGUCCAGUCACAGUCUGUGGAGAUGUCCAUGGACAAUUUCACGACCUCAUGGAACUUUUCAGAAUUGGAGGCAAAUCACCAGACACAAAUUAUUUGUUUAUGGGGGACUAUGUUGACAGAGGAUAUUAUUCAGUUGAAACAGUCACAUUGCUUGUAGCUCUUAAGGUCCGUUACCGUGAACGUAUCACAAUUCUUCGAGGGAACCAUGAAAGCAGGCAAAUCACACAAGUUUAUGGUUUCUAUGAUGAAUGUUUAAGGAAAUACGGAAAUGCAAAUGUUUGGAAAUAUUUUACAGACCUUUUUGAUUACCUGCCUCUAACUGCGUUGGUGGAUGGCCAGAUUUUCUGUCUACAUGGUGGUCUCUCUCCAUCUAUAGAUACACUGGAUCACAUCAGAGCACUCGAUCGCUUGCAGGAAGUUCCCCAUGAGGGUCCAAUGUGUGACUUGCUAUGGUCAGAUCCAGAUGAUCGUGGUGGCUGGGGAAUUUCUCCUCGAGGUGCAGGUUACACAUUCGGACAGGAUAUUUCAGAAACCUUUAACCAUGCUAAUGGCCUUACGUUGGUUUCAAGAGCUCAUCAGUUGGUAAUGGAGGGGUACAACUGGUGCCAUGAUCGGAAUGUAGUAACAAUUUUCAGUGCUCCAAACUAUUGUUACCGUUGUGGCAACCAGGCUGCAAUUAUGGAACUCGAUGAUACUCUAAAAUACUCCUUUUUGCAGUUUGACCCAGCACCACGUAGAGGUGAACCGCAUGUUACUCGUCGCACCCCAGACUACUUCCUGUAAAGAGAUUUUAGACCUGUACAGUAUUGCCAUGAACCAUAUGUUGACCUAAAGAAAAUGGGAAGAGCAACAGUAACUCCAAAGUGUCAGAAAAUAUUUAACAUUCAAACUUUGUUUUCACAUGGACCAAAAGACGUGCCAUAUUCAAUACAAAGCCUCUUGUCAUCAACAACUGUGACCACUUUAGAAUGAACCAGUUCAUUGCAUGCUGAAGCAACAUUGUUGGUCAAGAAACCAGUUUCUGGCAUAGCGCUAUUUGUAGUUACUUUUGCUUUCUCUGAGAGACUGCAAAUAAUAAGAUGUAGACAUUAACACCUCGUGAAUACAUUAAACUUUCCAUUUAGCUAUAGCUUUAUUCCGCAUGACUGUAGAUAAGGGUAGCAGCAAACAAUCAUUGAAGCUUAAAGAACAUUUUUAAAAUAAGUACCAAGGCCUCAUAUUUGUUCUGAAACUGUUCGUUUGUUUUAUUUUCAGGGAAUACUGUUUAAUUUAAUUGUAUUGAUUUUUUUUUUUUUUUGUCUGCACUCAGUUCCCUUUUCCACUCUGCCCUACCAUAUUGUCCCUUGUAAUUGUCCAAGGAUAGUGAAUUACAUUGAACAGAAUUGUUUUUUUCUGUAAAACAAUGUUACUGCAGGACAGAGCUGCAGUGUUUUUCAUAAUAAACUUGUGAACUAAGUAUGGAAAAA